CAGUUUAGAAGACACAAGAAAAAAACAUCAAAAUGAAGGUUUUCACCCUAGUUGUCUUUUUGCUGAUUUAUGAAGUGAUUGGAUUUCAGCCACACAAUUCAGUGAAAUAUCAAAUAUCUAAUUACCUGAAAACUGCUCCAUGGGAACACGUCAAAACAUUUGCCAAGAUUAAGACUCCGCUAUCCUUGGAUAUCACAUCGAAUUACAGGCUUCCUGCAGGAACCAUUUUGACUGGCUUAAAAGUCGUAACCGGGGAAAACUGUGCUGAUAUUUUGAGAAGAGACCCUUCUACCAGGAAAAAGGAUGGUAUUUAUAAAAUCAUCCUUGACAGGAAAAAGAUAGUUAAGGUGUAUUGUGACAUGACGACUGAUAGAGGAGGUUGGACGGUCAUUCAAAACAGGUUCGAUGGUACAACCAAUUUUUAUCGCGACUGGAAUGACUAUAAAACAGGUUUUGGGAACAUUUCUCGGGAAUUUUGGCUUGGGAAUGACAUAAUCCAUGCUCUUACUAAAAACGAUGAUCAAGAAUUGCGCGUAGAAAUGACGAAGUUUUCUGGAUCAAAAGUUUACGCAAAAUACUCAAAAUUUUCUAUUGGUGAUGAAUCCAAAAAGUAUAAACUGUCGAUCAGUGGAUACAGUGGGUCGGCUGGAGAUUUCAUAAUUGGCAGCCACAGCUUGAAUGGAAUGGCGUUCUCAACAAAGGACAUUGAUAACGACAAGUGGGGCGGUCAAUGUGCAAAGACCUUUCAGCGAGGUGCUUGGUGGUACAACAGCUGUUCGUACUCUAAUCUGAACGGACAAUAUACAGAAAAACAAUUAAGCUCAAAGACACAUUUAUUCUGGGGAUCGUCACGAGAGAACAUGAAAUCAUCUAGGAUGAUGAUAAGAACAAAAUCCUAA